ACAGUGAAAUCAGGCUCUUUCUAGGAAAAACAAGCCCUCUUUUGCAUUUGUUUAUGGUAUUUUAACUAAGUGUUAAUUGUUCAUCCUUCAAGAUAAGGCAAGUAAUUCUUUGUGUACUUUUAUCCGUUUCCACGUCGUCUUGAAUCACAUUUUUCUCUGCAGAUAGCAGGAACAUUGUCUCGAAGAAUCCAGGACAUCUGAUUCUGAAAUCUCCAAUGUAAACCACACUUCCCCUCCUAGUAUAUAACCAAUCAAUUCUUCAAGCUUUUCAAAUUUACCGAGUCCCCUUCAAAUACCACAGAGAAGUGGAAGCUGGGGUCUGAGACAAAAAGGUUAAAGCAGCUACAUCUUGUCAUAAUUUUACUUUAAGUUCUUUCUUUAAAAGUUCUGCUCAUUUAAAUUCUUCUCCAAGGAGAGAAAAAGUAAGUUACACUGACACUCCAAAAGGGAAAUGCUCCUCUCAGAUGGGGAUCCUCGCCCACGGCAGCAACCUGUGCACCCCGGGGAUAGAACUCCUACAAAUCCACUAGGCUAGGCUUCCUUAAGGGUCAGCCCCGGUUGUAUGCUGGGGUCAACCCGAACAGAUCAGAGCUCAAGGCUUCUGAGGCUCUUUCUGCUCAGAACUGUAUUUCCCAGCGGCCACCGCACCGAUCCACUUCCGGUCUCCAGGGGUUGACGACAUAGUGCGGUAAGAUCUUCACGUUCGAGGAAGAGAGCGGUGGCUUCGGGAGGUCACUGCCGACUGGGGCUUGAAUCUGACCCACCCGACAGUGCGGGUGGGCAAGAGAGGCGCUCAGAGUAGGAAUCCCGGGGUGCAGACGGGACCUGCAGGAUCGCCUGGCAUGCAUGUGCGCGGGCAUCAGAAGAGGGGGAUUGUGCGAUCAUGAGUGACGGAGGGGACCGUUCGUAUUAUUCAAAAGAAGGACCUGAAGGAUGAGAGCAUUGUUGUUGCACACCUAAAAGUCAAGGGGAUCAGUGACAUUCAGGGAUGUGGCCAUCGACUUCUCUCAGGAGGAGUGGGAGUGCCUGCAGCCUGCUCAGAGGACCUUGUACAGGGAUGUGAUGCUGGAGAACUACAGCCACCUGAUCUCACUGGAGACUUGAAUACUGAGACCAGCUUGGCCAUAGAGACCCCACCUGGGUGGCACUGAAGGCAUUAAGAAGCAGACACCCAGGCAGAACAGCAAAGUGGGACUAUUCGGGGGGCCCACAGCCUUCCGAGCUGAAAGCCUCAAAGGGCUGACAGCAUUCUGGGCAUAAGGGCCUCCAGCAGACUCUGACCACAUGUCUCUGAACAGGAAGUUCCAUUUCUAAGCCAGAUGUGAUUACCUUACUAGAGCAAGAGAAAGAACCCUGGAUGGUUAUAAGGAAAGAAACAAACAGAUGGUAUCCAGAUUUGGAGUCAAAAUAUGGACCUGAGAAAGUAUCUUCAGAAAAUGUUAUCUCUGAAGUAAAUUUACCCAAACAGAUUACAAAGCAAAUAAGUAAAACUGUUGGCCUUGAGGCCUUUUAUUUUAGAAAUGACUCAGAAUAUAGAAGGUUUGAGGGACUACAAGGAUAUCAGGAAGGAUAUAUCAAUCAGAAGUUGAUCAGCUAUGAAAAACUGCCUACUUAUGCUCCUCAUGCUUCUCUUAUUCACAAUACACAUAAACCUUAUGAAUGCAAGGAAUGUGGAAAAUACUUUAGUCGUGGUUCAAAUCUUACUCAGCAUCAGAGUAUUCAUACUGGGGAGAAACCCUUUGCAUGUAAAGAAUGUGGGAAAGCCUUUCGACUUCACAUACAAUUUACUCGACAUCAGAAAUUUCAUACUGGUGAGAAACCUUUUGAAUGUAAGGAAUGUGGAAAGGCCUUUAGUCUUCUCACCCUGCUUAAUCGCCAUAAGAAUAUUCACACAGGUGAGAAACUGUUUGAAUGUAAGGAAUGUGGUAAGUCCUUCAAUCGUGGUUCAAAUCUUGUUCAACAUCAGAGUAUUCAUGCUGGUGUAAAACCGUAUGAAUGUAAGGAGUGUGGGAAAGGCUUUAAUCGUGGUGCACACCUUAUUCAGCAUCAGAAGAUUCAUUCCAAUGAGAAACCCUUUGUAUGUAAGGAAUGUGCGAUGGCCUUUCGAUAUCAGUACCAACUUAUUGAACAUUGCCAAAUUCAUACAGGUGAGAAACCCUUUGAAUGUAAGGAAUGUGGAAAGGCCUUUACUCUUCUGACAAAGCUUGUUCGACAUCAGAAGAUUCACACUGGUGAGAAGCCCUUUAAAUGCAGGGAAUGUGGAAAGGCCUUUAGUCUUCUCAACCAGCUAAAUCGCCAUAAGAACAUUCACACAGGUGAAAAACCAUUUGAAUGUAAGGAAUGUGGGAAGGCUUUUAAUCGUAGCUCAAACCUUAUUCAACAUCAGAGUAUUCAUGCUGGUGUAAAACCAUAUGAAUGUAAGGAGUGUGGGAAAGGCUUUAAUCGUGGUGCACAUCUUAUUCAGCAUCAGAAAAUUCAUUCUGAUGAGAAACCUUUUGUAUGUAGGGAAUGUGAGAUGGCCUUUAGAUAUCAUUGCCAACUGAUUGAACAUUCUCGAAUUCAUACUGGUGACAAGCCAUUUGAAUGUAAAGACUGUGGGAAGGCCUUCAAUCGUGGCUCGAGCCUUGUUCAACAUCAGAGUAUUCACACAGGUGAGAAGCCCUAUAAAUGUAAGGAGUGUGGGAAGGCUUUUAGACUUCACCUACAACUUUCUCAACAUCAGAAAACGCAUACAGGUGAGAAACCCUUUGAAUGUAAGGAAUGUGGGAAAUUCUUUCGUCGUGGUUCAAAUCUUAAUCAACAUCGAAGUAUUCAUACUGGAAAGAAACCCUUUGAAUGUCAGAAAUGUGGGAAAGCCUUUCGACUUCAUAUGCACCUUAUUCGACAUCAGAAAUUGCAUACUGGUGAGAAACCCUUUGAAUGUAAGGAGUGUGGGAAAGCUUUUAGACUUCAUAUGCAACUUAUUCGACAUCAGAAAUUUCAUACUGGUGAGAAACCCUUUGAACGUAAGGAAUGUGGAAAGGUUUUUAGUCUUCCCACGCAGCUUAAUCACCAUAAGAACAUUCAUACAGGUGAGAAGCCAUCUUGAAUGUAAGGAAUGUGGGAAGUCCUUUAAUUGUGUCUCAAACCGUGUUCAACAUCAGAGUAUGUAUGCGGGUAUAAAACCAUGUGAAUGUAAGGAGUGUGGGAAAGGCUUCAAUUGUGGUUCAAACCUUAUUCAGCAUCAGAAAAUUCAUUCUAGUGAGAAACUCUUUGUAUGUAAGGUGUGGAGGAAGAUCUUUAGAUAUCAUUACCAACUUAUUGAACAUUACCAAAUUCAUACUGGUGGAAAACCCUUUGAAUGUAAAGAAUGUGGAAAAACCUUUAGUUUUCUGACACAGCUUGCUUGACCUCAGGUCAUUCAUACUGGUGAGAAGCCAUUUGAAUCUGAGGAAUAUGGGAAGGCCUUUAGUAGUGGUUCACACUUUGUUCAAAAAUCAGAGUAUCCAUACUAGUGAGAAACUCUAUGAAUGUAAGGAGUGUGGGAAAACUUUUAGAUUUAGUAUUGUCUUCACUGCACAUCAGAGAAUUCAUAACAGUAUGAAACCCUUUGAAUUUAAGGAAUGUGGGAAGACCUUUAGUUGUAACUCAAAGCUUGUUCAACUUGUUAAAAUUCAUACUGGUGAGAAACUGUAUAAGGAAUGUGAGAAAGCAUAUGCUGUGGAUGAUCAGCUUACUCAACAUUAGAAAAUUCAUAAUAGAAAUUUUAUGAAUAUCAGGAAUGUUGACAAGCCUUUACUGUGUAUGAAAAAUUUACUCAACACCAGAGAACUCAUAUGGAUGUGAAAUCCUGUGAACAUAAAAGAAUGUGGAGAACUUUCAUCAUGGCCUGGGAUUUGCUUAACAUCAGAGUAUUCAUACUGCUGAGAAAUCCUUUGAGUGUAAGGAAUGUGGGGUGUUUUAUAGCAACUCUAAAUUCAGUAGAGUUCAGAGAAGAUAAUUCUUGUGAGAAAUUCUUUGAAUGAGGAAUAUAGGGUAGUUGUUAUGUUCACAGUAUACUCCCUAUGUAAAUGCUUUACCAGAUACAGGCAUACCUUGCUUAAUUGUGCACAGUUACUGUGUUUUAUGCAAUUUGAAGGUUUGUGGCAACCCCGCAGUGAGUAAGAUGAUCAGAGUCAUUUUCCAAACAUCAUGUGUCCAUUUUGUGUCUUUAUGUCAUGUUUCGGUAAUUCUCAGAAUAUUUCAAACUUUUUCAUUGUUAUAUGUCCAUCAUGGUGAUCAAUGACUAGUGAUUUUUGAUGUUACUAUUGUAAUUGCUUUGGGAUACCACAAAUAUUGCCCAUAAAAGAUGGUGAACCUAGUGGAUACUUGUUGUGGGUUUUGAAAAAAUAGUGAAAUAUACAAUCAUAUACCCCCACCUAGAUACAAAAUUUUUAACAAUUUGCCACGUUUAUUUUUUGUGUAUUUGUUGUGCCAUAGAGAAUAAGUUUUAGACUUCAUGACAUUUUACCCCUUAUUUAAUCAGCAUGGGUAUCACCCAAACAUAAAGACAAUAUCAUAUAGCCAUAAUACCAUAAUUACCCUUAAGGAAAGUAUUCAUGAUUCUGUAAUAUCAUUCCAUUUUCAAAUUUCUUCAUUGGUCCCCAAACCAUCUCUUAUGGCUAUUCAUAUUUAAAGGAGAAUCCAUUGCAGAUUCUGAAUUGCAUUUGGUUAUCUCUCUUCAGUAUAUUGUAGCCUGGAAACCCUAUAAAUGUAAGAUCUCAUAUUUUGGUAGGUAUUAGAAUCACCUAUGGAACUUAGUAAAACUACAGAGGCUUAAGCCCUAGCUUAUGAGCCUGGGCCUCUGUUGUUUUUUUUUUUAAUUUCUCCAGGUGAUUCUGAUACCAACCAGAGUUAGAGAGCCACUGGUCUAGAACAUUUCUCCUCACUCUUAAAAAAUGACAUUAAAUUUUGACUAGCCCAGGAAAGUUGUCUGCUAUAUGUUUAGAUUUCUUUCUUUAUAGUGUCGUUUAGCCUUGUUCUCUUCGUUGUAUAUUCUGUACAAGAGAAUUUGAGCCCAGAGGCUCUGUUAGGUCUAGAUUAAACAUUUUGGGGAAGAAUACUUUGUAGGUUAUUUGUAUGUCAUGUUUUAUUGUCAGAAAACAUUUAAGUACAGGUCCUUGCAUUAGUGAAACUAAGUUUGAUCAUUUGGGUAAGCUGGUAGCUACCAUGUUAAGUAAUCUAUGGAGAGAUUUCGUCACCCCUGAAAAAUUAUAGUCAUGUGUAUUUUAUCCCUGGAUUGAAUACAAAAUGAAAAUAGAAUAGACUAUUGAGAAAUGAAUGCCAUGAAGGUAUCAACAUAAUUCAACUUGUGUGAUAUGGCUGACACUGUACUCAGUACAAAAUUAGCACCCUCUAUCUAGUUUAUGCAGGGAGCCAAGGUUGUUUUGUCUGGAACCUUGUUUUUGUUCCGCAUUUAUCACCAGCACCUAUACCAUGUCUGGUACAUGAGCUAUUGAUAAACUUCGAAAAAAAAUUAGCGCUUAAAUCAAGCUAUAAAAUGUGAUACCAUUGUGGGAUCAUGAAUUAUAUUAAUUUUUUUAAAGAUCAAUAAUAAUCCUUUAUGAUUUUAUUCCAGUAUAUUUAAAAAUCUAUAAAGUGAUAAUUUAUAUUGAUAGCUUUCUUCUUUUUGUGAAUAUACCCUUAUCAGAUUAUUAUUGCUUUGAUAGGCAAUUCUAUUUCUUAACAUUUAAUUGCAUCUAUAAUCAUAAGUAAAGGUAUAAUUUUCUAAAUAUUUUUCAGGUUUUGUUAUUGCAAUGAUUUUAUAAAUCUUAUAAAACACAGUUAUAUAAAACUUGGCUUUCUAGUCUCAUGUUCCUAUUUUUUUAUUUCCAGUUUCAUCUUUUUCGUAUUGAUUCUCUUGGACUUUUUUUUUUUUUUUUAACUCAACAGAUUCCCUGGUAUUAACCCAGCACAACUCCUUUAUGGGUCAUUGCACGUCCUGGCAGUGUCAUUAAGGAUUGUCAUGAAAGAUCCCUGGAGGCCUUGCAAUGAAACUCUAUUAUCAUGCAAUCUUGGCAUUUCUAAGUUGGAAGUCAGAGUCCCUUUACAAACAUAAUAAAACAUUUCAAAGUAUUUGCUAAAGUUACAAACCAAGUAUGUACAAAUUUAAAAAUCACCUAUACUUUUAAAAGCAGAAAAGUCGCCCAUAGAAUAUUUCCUUGCUUACAAGCUCAGUGAAUGUACUGAAUUCACUUACAAAAAGAAUUUUCUCAAAUUUAGUUGCCUUUCAAAAAAAUUCUUAUUUCUUUUAUUUGUAAUUUUUUGACAUUGUUGCUGCUUCAAGCUUUUGGUAAUUGUACAGUAUGGUCUUUAUUAUGGUAUUAACAUUUUUACUUGUCCUGAAAGAAGGGAAUACAAUCAAAGAAACAGAAGGUUGCUGAACUCGAACCACAUUAUGAUAUCAAGAUGACCCAGAGCCAUGGUUACUAAGCUGUUUAAAUUUUUAGUAACAGAGGUGUAUUAGAAAGUGAUAGGUCAAUUAGAUAAUUUUUUGGUUAAAUUUAAUGAUAUAAUCCCCUUAAAUUAUGCUUAGUCAGCAGUAUUUAAUCUAUUGUCUAUUAUACAUCUAACUGGUCUGUUACCUUUCUUAUAUAUUUAUGUCUUACUUAUAAAUAUCUUAUUAGAGUAACUCAUUUUUAAAACAAUAUAUUUCAUCUCCUAGGAGAAGAGGAUUGAGUAUGUGUUUUUAUUUUUUCAUCUGACAUUUGGGUAUUUUAUCAUUUUGAAAUGCUAUUGAAUAUUCCAUUGAUUUAGUCUGUGGUCUGACCUUCACUCCCUAGCAAUGAUUUUUAUUUGGACCUUCUUUUACCUGAUUCAUAUCAGUUAGGAGUAGCCAUUAGUAUGGAUACAUUUUUCCGAUUCCUAGUAUACUGCCCUUUCCAAAAGUGUCUGGCUUGCUCAAAGUUUUCUAUAUUUGUUCCAUUCCACUUUUACAGAUGAAUACAAAUAGCUAACUAUUCCUUCUAAACAAACAUAAAGUUGGUGGAAAAAAGGCAUAUAAACAGCUCUUUCUCACCUACUACCAACAGUAAAUUAAACAUUUUUAACUGCAGCCUCCUUUUGUAAAAUUUAUAGCCAUUUAUCUUUUGAGUAUGACAUGAUACUAGAUGUAUGAUAAUUCUAUAUUUCAUGUGUCAGUAUUAACAUGAUUUUUAACGGACUUGUUCCAAUGAACUUUUAUACAGAUGGUCCCCAACUUAACAAUGUAGACUAACAAUUUCUCACUUUAUGAUGGUGCAAAAGUGACAUGUUAUAGUUUGAAUAUUUGUCCCCUCCAAAUCUCAUGUUGAAGUUUGAUCCCAGUAAUGGGAGGUGUUUGGGUCAUAGUAGAAGAUCCCUCAUGAAUAAAUUAAUAAACAAAUGAGGCUAGGAAUUUUGCCUCUUCAACUGAGAGUUGGUGGGGAUAAUGUGAACCAGCGUUCUGUUUUUCUGUUGUGAAACCUCUGCCUUACAAGUAUGUGUGUGUGUGUGUGUGUGUGUGUAUGUGUGUGUGUGUGUAUUUUCACAGCAAUAAAGGAAAAUACAAUGUCUUAUCAAAUAAAGAAUAUCAAUAAAGGAAAUCAUAAAAGGAACCAAAUAUAAAUUCUGAGUUGAAGAAUAUAAUAAUCAAAAUUUAAAAAUAUCAUUAGGAGGUCUAAAUAAGUUUCAGCUGGCAGAAGAAUUAGAAAAUUAUGCAACCUCAAUUCCAUCUUCCCACUAGAAAAUAGCGUAAGAAAAUAAAAUGAAGACAUAAAAUGAGAAAAUAGAUCAAAGAAAAAUGAACAGAGGCUGGAUGCAGUGGCUCAUGCCUGUAAUCCUGGCACUUUGGGAGGCUGAGGUGGGCAGAUCACCUGAGGUCAGGAGUUUGAGAACAGCCUGGCCAACAUGGCGAAACCCCACCUCUAUUAAAAGUACAAAAAUUAACCAGGCAUGGUGGCAGAUGCCUUUAAUCUCAGCUACUCAGGAGGUUAUGACAGAAGUGCUUGAACCUGGGAGGUAGAGGUUGCAGUGAGCUGAGAUAAUGUCACUGCACUCCAGCCUGGACAACAAGAGCGAGACUCUGUCUCAAGAAAAAAAAAAAAGAAAAGAAAAAUGAACAGAGCCUCAGAGAAAUGUAGGACACCUUUAAGUGCACCAACAUACAUGAAAUGAGAAUACCAGAAGGUGAGGAGAAAGAGCAGCACAAAAAUACUCAAAGAAAUAAUGGCUAAAAACAUCCACAAUUUGUUGAAUAAACCUUAUACAUGCAAGCAUCUCAACAAAUGUAAGUAGAAUGAAUGCAAACACGUCCACAAACAGACACAUCAUAGUAAAAAUGCUAAAAGUGAAAGAAAAUGUUGAUAGCUAUAAGAGAAAAACUGUGUUACAAGGGUAUCCCAAUAAUUAACAGCAGACUUCUCAUCAGAAACAAUGGAGGGUAUAAAGGCAGUGGGAUGAUAUACUGAAAGUACUCAAAGGACAAAAGCUCUGUCUACCAUGAAUUUUAUUCCUGGUAAUGAUAUCUUUCAAAAAUAAAGGUAAAAUAAAGCUCUUCCUAGAUCUACCAUAUAAGAAAUUGCAAAGAAAGUUACUCAAGCUGAAGCAAGUAAAUCCACAUGAAAUUCCAAAUUUCAUUUUAAAAAAGAAAAAAAUUAAUAUUUUUAAUUAAAGGUAAUUAUAGUUGGGUGCAGUGGCUCAUGCCUGUAAACAAAGCACUUUGGCAGGCCGAGGCAGAAAGACUGCCUAAGGUCGGGAGUUUGAGACCAGCCUGGCCAACAUGGCAGUACCCUGUCUCUACUGAAAAUACAAAAAUUAGCUGGGCAUGGUAACGUGCAUCUGUAGUCCCAGCUACUCAGGAGGCAGAGGAAGCAGAAUUGCUUGAAACUGGAAGGCAGAGGUUACGGUGAAUUGAUAUAGUUCCACUGUACUCUAGCCUGGGUGACAAAGUGAGACUCUAUCCCCAAAACAAAAAAGGUAAUUAUAAAAGGCAGCAUAUGAUGCAAUAUAUUCAUAAUUGUGUUGUGUUGUGUUAUGGGAUGCAGCAAAAGCAGCAUUCAGGUAAUUUUAUAGCUGUUAGUGUUUACGUUUAAAAAGAUAGAAGAUUUCAAGUCAACAACUUAGCUGCUAAGUUGUUAUAAACUAGAAAAGAAGAAACUAAAUUUGAAGUUAGUAGAAGGAAAGAAAAAUAUUAGAGAAUAAAAACAAUGGAGAAAAUUAGUAAAACUAAGCAUUAAUUCUUUGAAAAGUUCAACAAAAUUGUCGAACCAUUAGCUAGUUGAUUAAGAGAGAAAACUGAAAUAACUAGGCUCAGAAAUAAAACAGGAACAUUCCUAUGAAUUGCAUAGUAAUGGAAAGUAUUAUUUGAGUACUUUUAACAGUUGUCUGUCAAUAAAUUGGAUAACUAGACAAAAUGGAAAAAUUCCUAGAAACACACGCAUGACUAAGACAAUCAUGAAGAAAUAGAAAAUCCGAAUAUACCUAUGACCAGUGAGGAGACUGAAUAGUAAUCCAAUACCUCCUAAUGAAGAAAAGCCAAGGACUAGAUGGCAUCAUUGGUAAAGUCUAGCAAAUGAUUUUAGAUCUUUAUUCUUUUCUACCAUUAUAGGCAUUUAAAGCUAGAAAUUUCUCACUAAAAACCUGUUUAGCUGUUUCAAAAACUUUGUUUUUAUUAAAAAUACAUUGUAGGUGAGGUGUGGUGGCUCAUGCCUGUAAUCCUAGCAUUUGGGGAGGCUGAGAUAGGGGCAUUGCUUAAGGCCAGAAGUUUGAGACCAGCCUGGUCAACAUAGCCAGAUCCCAUAUCUGUUUUUAAGAAGUAAAAUUUAAAAAUACAUUAUAAUUUCUCUUAUAAUAUAUUCUUUGAUACAUGGAGUAUUUAGCAAUGUGUUGAAUAAUUUCAAAAUAUUUUUGAAUUUCCCAAAUUUUCUCAGUUUUUUAUUUCUAAUUUAAUUUCAUUGUGGUCAGAGAAUUUACUUAGCAUGACUUACUUUUAAAACUAUUAUGAUUUGCCAUAUGAUCUAGUAUAUUAUUUAGUUUAGAAAU